CCGCGCAUGCGCCUUCCUCCUGGCGGCUCGGGAGCGCCUCACCGGGUCGACUUUGCGCUCGGGUUGAGAGUGCGCCUGCGCGGUCGCUGGGGGGCUCUCCACCUCCGCCUCCCCUCCCCCUGACGCCCCGUGGGGGCUCCGGGCCCGGCGGGACCAUGUUCACCAGCACCGGCUCCAGUGGGCUUUACAAGGCCCCGCUGUCGAAGAGUCUCUUGCUGGUCCCCAGUGCCCUGUCCCUGCUGACUCUCCUGCUGCCCCACUGUCAGAAGUUCUUCGUGUACGACCUCCAUGCUGUCAAGAACGACUUCCAAAUUUGGAGGCUGAUAUGCGGAAGGAUAAUUUGCCUCGACUUGAAAGACACUUUCUGCAGUAGUCUUCUUAUUUAUAACUUCAGGAUAUUUGAGAGACGAUACGGGAGCAGGAAGUUUGCCUCCUUCUUGCUGGGCUCCUGGGUCUUGUCAGCCUUGUUUGACCUGGUCCUUGUGGAAGCUGUCCAGUAUUCAUUUGGAAUCCCCGUGGCCAAUAAUUUGCCUUCUGGAUUCUUGGCGCCCGUGUUUGCUCUCUUUGUACCAUUUUACUGCUCCAUCCCAAGAGUCCAAGUGGCACAGAUUCUGGGCCCGUUGUCCAUCACAAACAAGACACUGAUCUAUAUAUUGGGACUGCAGCUUUUCGCCUCUGGCCCCUACGUCUGGAUUGUAGCCAUAAGUGGACUUAUUUCAGGCAUGUGCUAUGACCGCAAAGUGUUCCAGGUUCACCAGCUGCUUCGCAUCCCUGGCAGGAUGGCCCGGUUCUCCUCCUGGGCCCUCGAGCCCAUCUUCUCUUCUUCAGAGCCAACCAGCGAGGCCAGAGUUGGGAUGGGAGCCACCGUGGACAUCCAGAGGCAGCAGAGGAUGGAGCAACUUGACCGGCAGCUGAUGCUCUCUCAGUUCGCACAAGUGAGACGGCAAAGGCAGCAGCAGGGAGGAAUGAUCAACUGGAAUCGGCUUUUCCCUCCUUUACGUCAGCGACGAAAUAUCAACUAUCAGGAUGGCCUUCGAUCUGAGCCGCGAGCAUCUCCUCCCCUGGAAGUUUCAGAGGAGCAGGUUGCCCGGCUCAUGGAGAUGGGAUUUUCCAGAGGGGAUGCCUUGGAGGCCCUGAGGGCCUCAAACAAUGACCUCAAUGUGGCCACCAACUUCCUGCUGCAGCACUGACCUUCAGCCCAGCUGUUGAAUGACAGGGGUGUGUCCCUGCCAGCACAGCAGACUUGGCACAGAGUUCUCAAGAGGAGAGGGUGGUCCCCACCUACACUGUCCUUAACUCCAAGAUGGUUACCAUUGUAGUAUCAGAUAAGUUUGCCAUUAAAUUAGCAUGUAUUUUC